AUGUCGGGGGUUCUCCCCGACGCCACCAUCGAUGCCAAUGAGCGAGUUGACCCCAAAGGGCACCCACCGGACGGUUUGGAUUGCAAUCUUCCUCCAUUGCAAAAGGCUAACCCUCCUUUAUUGACGGAUUACCAGUCUUUGAAGCAUUCUCGAGUUCGUGAUAGCUAUGUUGUGUAUGAAACCUCUGAUCAAGGGUUUGCUGACCAGUCCAAAAGUGAUGCGCCGUCACCACGGAGAUGUUUUCGGGAUAUGCUCAAUUUGAAUCAACCUCAUGUUGAGAUGAACUCCGAUGAUGGGGAAGGAGGCGACUUGGAUAACGAAGUGACUGUUGACUUUGAUCGGCCAGUACCAGAUGUGAAAAUCAGAGACAGCUUGUAUGCCUCAAUGGUUCAAUCAUGGAAGAAUAUUGUUGUGGUGAAAGUGAUGGGUAUUACACUAACGCCUCAACUUCUAUAUUCCAAAUUGACGGCCCUAUGGCCAUUCAUGCAAGGUUGCCAUAUGAUCGAUCUGGAGAACGGGUUUUUUCAGAUACGUUUCAAACAAAUGAUGAUGCAGUCAAAGUAUUGGUGGGAGGCCCUUGGGUAUGGACAUGUUGUUGCUGGUUGUCCAGAUCGACCUAGCAAAGGGGAAGGGUCAAGUGGUGAUGGAUCACCUGGGAAGAAUGGAAAAGAUGGUAAUGGGAAAAACUCUAAUGUGGUGGUUGAUACGAUUGGGAAUGCGAAUGAACGUCAUCAUGAAAUGGUUGAAGAAGAGAGAUUGUAUGGACCUUGGCUGUUGGCUAAGACUGCAAGCAGGCCUUCUUCAUGGCGAAAUAAGAGUGUGGCUUAUGCGAAUCAAAAGAAAAAGGGUACUGACCCGCCUUCAGGCUCUCGCUUUAACACAUUGAGUUCGCUGCAUAAGGUUGAGGAGGGGAAUAACUCUGAGUCUCUUGCCAUUGGGAUGAGGGGAAGCACUCAGUUUCAGUUUGUUUCGAACUCGAGAGGGAAUAAAAAUGGGGGAGCUAGGGAAGCGAGGAGAGCAGGGAAGGUAGUAAAAGGAGAUGAAUGGCGGACUGUAGAGGAGGCACGUUCUGGGAAUAAGAAAGAGAAUACUAACCAUAACACAGGGGUUGCAUCCCAAGGGAAUGAGUCAGCUAGAGCUGCAUUUCAUGAGGGGGAUAAGAAUGGUUCAGGCUCGAAGAAAUAUGGGAAGCCGGUGGAGACUCGGAGGGGAUCUUUGAGAGGGAAUAAGGGUGUUGAUGGGGGUGAUAUUGAUGCUGGGGUUAACUCGGUUUCGAACAAGACUGUGGUUGUUCAUGCGACAACGGGUUUGGACCCUUUGAAGCAUCAAGUUGUCCAUGUGUUGGAGAGUCCAGGUCGCCAUGAUAAUAAUGCGUCUGGACCCGAUCCUGUAAACAUAGAUGGUGAUGAUGACAUGACGAUUGAGAUCAAUCCUCCUGCAGAUGUUGUGCCGAUGCCGGACUAUUCUGCUUUAGGUGGAUUGAACGAUGAUGAUGCUAUGAUUGAAGAGAGUUCUGAAAUGGACUCUCUCGUUCCUGGGUUUGCAAGGUCUUUUCAAAUUGAAGCAGUGGGGUUUUCAGGUGGAAUUUGGUUAUUGUGGAAGGAGAGGGUCGUUGUCAGGGUAAUACGGUGCCAUAAGCAGUUUCUUCAUGUGGCGGUUACAGUGGAUAAUGUGGCUUUCUUAUUGACGGUAGUUUAUGCUAGCCCAAACCCUCGUGUUCGAAGGGAGCUAUGGCGUGGGUUGGAGGGACUGGUAGCUACAAUAGAUGAGCCUUGGGUUUUUGGGGGUGACUUCAACUGUCUUUUGCAGUAUUCGAAGAAGCAAGGUAGUUCUAGACGCAGUAUAAAUAUAAGUGAUGAAUUUGCCCAAUUGAUCUUCAACUAUGAGUUGCAAGAAUUACGUACAGAUGGUCAUCCUUUUACCUGGGUGUGUAAUAAUAGUGGCUUGACAGAGAAGUUAGAUCGUUUUGUUGGCAAUUUGAAGUGGGCAAAUUUGUUCAGUGAAAGUUUGGUUUGUUUAUUACCCCGAAUGCAAUCAGAUCAUUUUCCCUUGCUUCUAAGAUGUCGGAGGAAUAAUGGGGUGCAGCAACGAACGAAACCCUUUAGGUUCUUAGCUUCAUGGCUUCUUCAUGAGGGUUUUCAUGGGUUGGUGGAGAAUGCUUGGGAGGCCAGUAAUGGUUAUGAGGAUGCGGCAAGGACAGAGAAUCUAUGGAUGAAGCUGGUUAAUGUACAAUCUUGUUCCUCUUUUUUCUCUAUGAGCUUGGAGGAUUGGUUGUGUACGAAUUUGGAUGGUGGUUUAAUGAUGGAUCGGGAUAACUGGCAAGUUGUGUUUGGAAUUACUGUGUGGCAGGCUUGGCAGUGGAGAAACAGGACAGUUUUUAACAGUACAAAUGCAUCUUUGAAUCAGAAGCUAUCCGAAGUUGAUUCCUUUGUUGAGGGAGUGGCGUCGACAGUGUGUUGUGAGCGGAAGCUGGGUUUUAUGGGCAGGACGAAGGAGCAUUGUUGGCUAAGGUGGUUAUUUCCGCCAGAGAAUUGGUUGAAAUUGAAUACAGAUGGUUUCUUUAAUCCUUAUACGGGCAUGGCAAGCUCGGGUGGACUUUUGAGGGACCAUAUGGGUCGUUGGUGUGGUGGUUUUGUCAUGAACAUUGGCUUUGCCUCCAUUACCGGGGCGAAACUAUGGGGACUAUUUCAAGGGUUACAACAAAAUUGGACAUUGGGUUUUCGACAGAUCAUUGCCGAAGUUGACAUUGCGAGUGUGGUUAAAAUGGUUGAAGGCACUAAAGAAAUUGUUGAAGUGCACAAAAGUUUAGUGUUGGCUAUUCGGGAAUUAAUGAGAAGAGACUGGAACAUAGUGUUGGAUCAUGUCCAUCAGGAGCGAAAUUUUGCAGCAGACUCUUUAGCAAGCCUAGCUAUGUCAUGUCCGGGAGGUUUCUCAUGGCUGGAGGAACCACCGAUUUGUGUCAAGACUUGGUUACAACAUGAUAUUGUUGGUAUCUCAUACAACUUUAUGUAA